GGUCUCGGCGCUGGGCCGGCUGGACGCUUCUGCUCUCCGGCGGGCCAGCGAGUGAGGACGGGCCGGUGGGGCUCGGGCGGCCAUGGCCCAGGGCGGCGAGGGGGGCGAGGCCGCCUUGCCCGCGGGCGGCGACGACGACGCGGGGCCGCUGGCGGGGCUGUGGUCGGCCUUCUUCGCGGCGCUGGUGGCCGCGCUCCUCGCCUGGCUGUGGUACGGAGGGAAAGGCGGCGGCAAGGAAGAGGAAGCGGCGGCGGCGGCCCCGGAGGGCUCCCCUCAGCCGCGGAGGGCCGAGGCAGAAGAACCACUUCAGGGAAGCCACAAAGGUCUUGCACCUGAAACGGAACCAAAUGAUGUGUCCGUCUGUCGGGAACCUGCAUGGAAUCCGUUGGCUUCUCCAGGAGACCACAGCAACCCCCCCAGUAUCCCUAAAGAGACUGCAGAAUCUGACCCAGUUGUCAAGGAGCCUGUCACCUCCUUAAUGAACUGUAAGGAGUAUCCAAGGAAUGAAAUAUUUUCUUUCCCUGCAACGUCAGAACCACCACAGAAAGAAGGCGAGGAGAAGUAUGAGGAGAGAUGCACAGAGCAACUGCUCCACAGCUCUGUUGAUCACGAAGAAUGGGAAAUCGUUGCCGAGCAAUCCGCAGGGGACGAAGCUACCAGAAACAACGGCAUGGAGGACGCCGGCAGCAGCAAGGACCUAGAACAAGCGAGGCGGGUUGCGGCAGUGCCUCCGAUGCCUCAGACUGUCCACAUGACUUUCCGCGUGCACUACAUCACGUACUCAGAUACGCAGCUGAUUGCGGUCACGGGUGACCACGAGUGUCUUGGCCAGUGGCACCACUACGUACCGCUCAGGUGUGACAAGGAUGGGUUCUGGUCAGACUCUGUCAUCUUGCCCGUAGAUACCCGAGUUGAGUGGAAGUUCAUUGUAGUAGAGAAUGGGAAGGUCAGGCGGUGGGAAGAAUGUGACAACCGCACCCUAACAACAGAACAUGAGGAUUGGCUAGUCCAUAAGUGGUGGGGAUAUCACUAAACGGGAGUUCUGCUCAAGAGAAAGGGGCUCCCAGUUUUAUUCCAUUUCCUAGGAGUCACGAUGCCCCCGCCCAUCACCAUAUCUUAGUCCAUCUCUAUGCUGCAUGUCUUGCCAGAACUGCCUUAGAUUAAAAGCCUCUCUUCUCUUGUUAGAAUAGGCAUUAAGAUGUGAGGUGAUUCUUCAAAAGGAAGUCAGACCAAAGCCUUUCUAGUGACAUAUUAAAGGUCUCUAGUAGCAGUGUUUCAAAAAACCUCCCUGCAUAAAAAGCUUUAAACUUUUGAGUGUGUGUGAAUUGCAGAUGCUGUACUCUGAUGGAACAGCAGAACUGCACUGUUAACAGCUGAAAAUGUUCUUAACUUAUUGUGACUUCAAAAAGAAGCAAUAAAGAUUACUUUUAGACCAGA